GCGGCCCAGUCGGCCUGUCAGCCGGCUUCGAGACAUAUUCGGGCGCCUGCGCGGCGGCGAUGGCAGCGGAGGAGGAGGUGGACUCUGCCAACACCGGCCAGGGGUCAGGAUGGCUAACGGGUUGGCUUCCCACCUGGUGCCCUACAUCUACAUCACACCUCAAAGAAGCUGAGGAGAAAAUGUUAAAAUGUGUCCCCUGCACUUACAAAAAAGAGCCUGUUUGUAUAUCUAAUGGCAAUAGAAUAUGGACACUGAAGUUCUCUCACAAUAUUUCAAAUAAGACUCCUCUUGUCCUCCUCCAUGGUUUUGGAGGAGGUCUUGGACUCUGGGCACUGAAUUUUGGAGAUCUUUGUACAGAUAGGCCCGUCUUUGCUUUUGACCUACUGGGCUUUGGACGAAGUAGUAGACCCAGGUUUGACAGUGACGCUGAAGAGGUGGAGAAUCAGUUUGUGGAAUCCAUUGAAGAGUGGAGACAAGCCCUAGGAUUGGACAAAAUGAUCUUGCUUGGGCACAACUUGGGAGGGUUCUUGUCUGCUGCCUAUUCACUGAAGUACCCAUUAAGGUAAGUGAUGGUGACAAAAGAGAGGGAUUAUAGUUGACAUCCAAGUGCUAGUCUCUGGUUCCCAUGUUUCCUGCUUAUUGGUGUUUGAGCCUUAGAAAGAUAGGCAUUCUCUAAAAGACCCUGUAGACCAAAUUGUCACAACUGGCAAUCAGUUUAGUAGCUGAAAUAAUG